AUGUCGUCAGUCUCGCUUCUAGCUUUGGCCAGUCUGGCAUGCAUUGCUCUGGCACUUUGUGCUAUGCUUUUCAAAUUCCUAUACGUCCCGCUUGGGUCUUCGGCGAAAGCAAGCAGCUCGCCUCCAGAACUUCAAUUACCCGCUUCGAAGAUCACUGAAUUGUUCUUUGGCGAGCGGUUCGAGUUUAUCAGAGAUGGAUUCAAGGCGACGUCCUCUUCUAUCUAUCAACUCACGCUCUUCCGACGAAAGGCGAUCGUCCUAUCUGGAGAGGAGGGUCGCGAACUAUUCCUCAGAGAAAAGGGACUCAGCAUAUAUGAUUCGUUCUCUAUUCUGCUAGGGAGUAACACCGCUCAGUUCAACAUCCAUCAGGUCAACGCCAUAAUAAAACGUAUUAUUUCGAUGCAGCGGCCUGAGAACUUGCAGCCCAUGAUUCCAUUGGUACUCUCUACUUGCGAGCGAAACAUGGACUCAUGGGGAACACAAACUAUUCUCGACCCUUGCUCUUCUAUCCACGAGAUCACUUUUCAAACGAUGAUGUCCAACGCUUUCUUCGAUAUAGCCAAUGACCCGGCGAUGUCCUCCCGUCUGAAAACCCUGGUCGAUAUUGUCGAUUCGCCUGCCAACCCAUACUCGACUUGGUUUUCAUGGCUACCGAAUACCUUGAUGUUUCGCAAGAUUAUAUCCGCAGUUCGCAUGUUCCGCAUUGUUCAGAAGGCCCUCAAAAGCAGGAAGAGCAGCGGCGUGAGAAGGAAUGAUGUUGUCCAACAAAUGUUGGAUAAUGGAGAUAGCACUAUUCAAAUAUUCGGGGUAUGUUCAGCAGACUCUUUAUUACCGACAAACACUGAUCUCUUGAAGUUCAUUCUAGGGCUUUCUCUAGCCGGAGCACGUGCGACCGGAACAAUAGGUCAGUUCUGCACAGUCACCAUACACAAUAGGAACCUUACUGACACUACAGCAGUAUCGUGGCUGAUAAUGCAAUUAUCCUCAAACCCUGAAUGGUCCACUGCCGUCCAAGAAGAGAUCAAAGUCCUCACAACCACCCAAGAUACCUCCACGGAAACCCUAUCAACCAUCCCGCUCCAAGCAUGGGAAACCCAAACCCCAAUCCUAGACCGCUGCAUCCGAGAAACCCUCCGCACAUCCCAACCAUACACGGCCAUGAGGCGUAACACCGGCCCAGAUAUCACAAUGAAAGGAUACACAAUCCCCUCUGGGUCAUUGGUGGUGUACCCAUUCUUGGACACAUCGAUCAACCCGGCAUAUUACGGGGAACCAUUGCGCUGGGAUCCGUCUCGGGAAGCUAAAAAGGAGUUCAUUUCUUGGGGUGCGGGCAAACACGGAUGCAAAGGGCAGAGACUGGCGGUGUUGAAUAUGAAACUCGUCGCUGCUUCUAUCCUGUGCAGGUUUGAUAUUUCUUUAGUUGAUGCUGUGGGUGCAAAGAUGGAGACUGCGCCAGUCCCGGACUGGAACGAUUCAGUGACUUGUCGACCAAUGAACGUGGGAGGGAUUCUACUUGUUAGGAAGUAG